UGAAAACUAUUUUAAAACCAUUUGUACUUGUAAAUUUGCCUUCCCUGUCCUACAGUGUUUGUAUUAUCUAUAAAUAGUAAAACAAUUUUGUAAUAUGUAUAAGUCUUCGGAUUGUCUGUCAUUAAUGUCAACUGGUUUUGAGUUUAUUAAUUUAGUACGAUUGUUUAUGACAGUUACCGAUGUUCUGUCGAUUCACAUUCCAAGUCAGUAAAGAAGAACUCAUUCUCGGAAACAUUGAGGGUGACCUUUUCAUAUUCAAGGGUGAUGGACCAUCUGCCUGGAGGAAAGGCUCCGAUUUGGGAAUGAUAACUUGUAUACGAGCUGGAGAUUUUUGCAACAGAGGAAAGAACAACUUGAUUUGUCUCACUGCUGAAGGAUGGUGUUAUAUUUUCGAUAUCAAACCAGAUGGUAUACCAGAGGAUGAUGAGUGUGAUGGAGAUCGAAGUGUGAAGCCAGCUUACACACAACAUCUUCCUGCUAAUGGCAAGGUUAUGCUCAUCGCUGAUACAGAUAAUGACAGCCAGACCGAAAUGGUGGUUGGUUACUCCGACCGAGUGGUAAGGAUAUUCCGAUGGGUGUCGGCCCCUGAGGGGGAACCCUACACAUCUGGCAGGAUCAUUCAGCUGCAGCAGUGGCAACUUGCAGGACAGAUUGGCUCGAUAACCGUGAACCACAGUCAGGAUGGACAGUGUGAGCUGAUGGCGUCGCAGCCAGGCGGGACAUUUGUGACGUUACUGCAUGAUCAGGGCUCCCACUCAGACAGCGAUGAACCCAAGCAGCAGUGUCUGAUCUAUCAUCCACUCGGGUCAAGUCGAGCCAGGAACAAAGAUGUUUCCACCAUUAUUAUAGGAGGCAUCAGUCGAGACAAGAAAGACAAAUCUGAACCAAGCUCAACAUAUUACGCACUGGCUACACUCGAUGGUACACUGUCCCUGGUGGAGUCUGAUAAGAUCUUGUGGUCCCUGCAAGUUGAUCAUCAGCUUUUCUCCAUGCACAAGAUGGAUGUCACAGGGAAUGGUAAAGAGGAAGUGGUGUGUUGUUCGUGGGACGGCCAGAUCUACAUCGUGAACCACAGUAAGGAAGUGGUGCGCUACCACUUUGAGGAGAAUGUGGCAGGAUUCACGGCUGGUCACUACUGUCUGACGAGUGAGGGUGAUGUGCCAUGUUUUAUCUUUGCAACAUUCCACAACCGAAUAUUCAUCUACUACAACAUCAGUCUACCCCAGGUGGAGUCGAUCAAUCUACUGCAGGUGAUCAACAAGAGAGAAGAGAUGCAGCAUGUGCUCACCAAACUCAAUAUUGACCCCCAGAAUAAAGAAAGUCUUCGAAGGUUUUACCAGUGGUGUCUGUAUGGUUGGCAGAAUAAAUCUUGAAGACAUUUUGAAAAUAAUACUUGAAAAAUCUUCUGGAUUCUGUUUACAAGACGAACUGUAGCCAACAAGCUAAGGGCUGAAACUGGUUGUGUAUGAAAGCACACACUGUCAGUGGUCAUUGGGUGACAAACACAUGAUCCAGGUAAUUGCUGUCUAGAGCAGUGUCACCAGUCCAGGUGAAAUAAAACAAGAGUAGCAGAAUACAGGAUACAAAAUGGCCAUCAGAAACAAUUGGGAAGACAGUUGGCCAUUCCCCGAUACAAAAACCCUCUCAUUGAGAGCAGGAGGAAGCUGCUGUAACCAUACUGUUUUAUUUGUUGUUGAGAAAUGUUUGUUAGUGAAAAAUCCAUUUUAAUCAAUAAUUUCUCAGUGCAAUACAUGUAAAUUCAUGAGUUUUGUUAUUAUUCAAUGAAUAAUCAAAAACUACUCAUUCAUUUGCAUACGUGUAGUUACUACCCAUGUAAAUGAUACUCUACUCUACCCAACAGCUAUUAAAAUCCUCCACAAAUGACGAGGAGAAGAAUGUUUAACUGGAACCCAGUAUUUAAUCAGCUGACAUUAUAUUUAAGGGCCGUUUUUCUUGUGUAGUUUUUGAUGCAGUGAAAAAUUUGUAUAAAGUUUGUUUUGUUUAACAACACUACUAGAUUAAUUAAUCAUCGGCUAUUGGAUGUCAAACAGUUGGUAAUUUUGA